UGGCUCUAGAACACUGUAGCGCGUGACCUGCACGUUCCGCGUUUUUCACACGAAAUGCCGUGAGUUGGGACCCAAUCAAUGCGGCGACGGGAGGACAGAGGCUGUAUUUUUCCAGCGGUUGGGCAUGGAUCUGCCGGAUGCGGAAGUUGGGGGAUGGCAAAGAGGGUUCCUUGGGACUUCCAGUUUUGUUGUUUGCUGUUAAGAUGCAUUUGAUCGGGACUUCACAUGGCGUAUGGGCUGAAUUGGGGCGUGGAAUCGGUGGGCUUUUGGGCGUAGAAGCUUCAUGAAGCUUCCCUGCGCAGCACAGCGAUGCAGUGGCACAUUGGGCCUUAAAGUCUUCAAGGUAUCAUCCGGUGUCCAAGAGUUCCCAAAGAGCAUAAAAAUUGCUAGCUGCUCACAUGCCCCAGCCGAACGACACGAGCACCAGAGCCAAAUUUCUGGAGUGCAUGCUUCGGAGUAUGGGGGUAAUUACUGUAGAAGUCAGUAGAAGGUAGAAGGUUGAUUAUUAAAACUUUCCAUAUGGACCUCACGGGUGGUGGUCAAACUUCCAUCAAUUUUGUGACUUGAACUAUGCACGUUUUUUCUGGUGUAUAUAAAUGAUGUCAGAUCCGGGCUGAGCACAACUUUGAAGAGGUACAACUUCUUUCAAGUGAAUUCCGCCUCUCAAAUCCUCUACAUUGAACAUCCUCUUGGGCAUUUUGGGGGCUGGCCAGUGUAGACUCGGCCCAAUUCUUUCAGGCGCUGUGUCUCCUCUUCACGCCGGCAUGUGCAUUCAGCGCCUGGGGCGAUCACAGCACUGGCAUGGCCUUGACCGUGGAUGGGGUCAUGAACUGGCUCGUGCAGAAUGCUGAUGCUUUGCAGCCCAGCAUGCCAGACCACUACCUUAGGUCCAAUGCCUUCUAUGCUCUCAAGGCACGUGGCGAAAUCCCGGUGGCCCAGGAGGUCCCCGAGGAGCUCUUCCUCAAAGAGGUCUUGCCCUACAGGGUGGUCGAUGAGCCCGUGGACCAUUGGAGGGAGGGCUUCUUCCAGGUCUUAGCCCCGCAUGCCAUGCGGGCCACCAGCUUGCGAGGGGCCGUGGAGGACCUGGUGCCCCGGAUCUUCCAGGAGCUCCGUGCCUCGCCCAAGGUCAUGCGGAAGCCCAACCAGACGGCUGUCGUGUUCAAGUCCAAUUUGACUCCUGAGAUGAUGGCGCCCAUCAGCGAGACCUUGACCUCAGGCUAUGCCUCUUGCACCGGGAGCUCCAUCUUGAUUGUCGAUGGCUUGCGGUCGGUGGGCAUCCCAGCACGACUGGUUGGAACGCCGCAGUGGAACAUUCCGACGGGUGGCAAUCACAACUGGGUGGAGGUUUGGACGGGCGAUGGCUGGCACUUCUUUGAUGCAGUGCCGGAUGUUCGCUUGGAUGAGGCCUGGUUUGCGCCUAGCAACACCAAGUUUGCCAACAACAAGGACUCGACACACGCCAUCCUCUCGGCGGAGUGGACGAAGGGCGAUGCCACAUAUCCAUUGACAUGGCGAAAGCCUGCGGUCUUGUGGCGUGCGGAGGGCCGGACGGCCUUCUACCUGGCCAAGAGUGAGCAGAGUUGAUAGGUGUCACUCAUACAUUCAGUGACCUCAAAAAAUCGAAGAGGACAAUCUGCUGAGACUCGGAUCCCGCAAGAUUUGUGUGGUCUUUUCAGUUCUGUCAGAAGAUGUCAGAAGUGCCACGGGCUGUUUCACAGGCCUCGAACCCUUUGAAAUAUUGUAGGUUUCACAUAGAAAGAGCCACAACGGGAAAUGUAUGAUUUGUGCAUAAGAAUCAGAAAA